AUUUGACUCACGGCCAAGUGAGAUUUUAAUUUUGUAAAUUAUCGAUAAUGAACAUAAACCUCAAUGUUACUUGAUAUUAUUUAGUAGUGUCAAAUAGUGUGCUUCGGAUGCGAAAUGAAACGCAUUGUCUCUUAAAGUAAAUUACGAAGGUGUAAACAGUGACAAACUGGGAUAAAACCACGUGUCAAAUUACAUGUAAUAAUUCAGAGUAAUACAAAUUUCAUUUGGUAAAUUGAUUAAUAACAAGAAUAACAAAAAAAAAGAAAGAAAUGUCAAGACGACCGGAACAUUUAGCUCCGCCCGAAGUGUUUUAUAAUGAAUCCGAAGCUCGAAAGUAUACACAAAGCUCUCGGAUGAUAGAGAUACAAGAACAAAUGUGCGAACGUGCCAUAGAACUUCUUCUAUUGCCAGAGGAUAGAACUUCUUUAGUUUUAGACAUCGGAUGCGGUUCUGGUCUAAGCGGCACUGUACUUGGAGAAAAUGGGCACGUGUGGAUUGGAAUUGAUAUAGCUCCAGCAAUGCUUGGUAUAGCUUUGGAAAGAGAAACCGAGGGAGAUUUAAUUUUGGGAGAUAUGGGUCAAGGAAUGCCAUUCAGAGCUGGUACUUUUGACGGAGCGAUUAGCAUUUCUGCUUUACAGUGGUUGUGCAAUGCUGAUAAAAGUUCACAUAAUCCGUCAAAACGUCUAUAUAAAUUCUUCUCGACGUUGUUUUCAUGUUUAUCAAGAUCUGCCAGAGCUGUAUUUCAGUUUUAUCCUGAAAACAAUGAACAAAUUGAACUAGUAACUACGCAAGCUACAAAGGCAGGGUUUUAUGGAGGUGUGGUUGUUGAUUUUCCGAACAGUACCAAGGCAAAGAAAUUCUUUUUGGUUCUAAUGACGGGUGGACCUGCUGCCCUUCCACAAGCUCUAGGUGUCAGCGACGCUGACGCAGCUAUUUCUUAUAUUGCUAGAAGAGAGCAAAUUAAAAAAGCAAGAGGUAAACCAUUAAAAAAGAGCAGAGAUUGGAUUACUGAAAAAAAGGAAAGACGACGUAAGCAGGGAAAAAAGGUUCCAGAAGAUUCAAAGUAUACUGGAAGAAGAAGAUGCGGUAGAUUUUAAUAUGCGAUAGAUUUUAUACUGAACUCAACAAAAUCAUUUGCAUCUUCAAACCUGUACAUGUAAUAUAAUAAUAUGUAUAUAUAUUUUCCUAAAUGUACAUAUAAAAUGCAAGUUCAUUACCUGUUUUG